AUGCCAUCCUACAGCUUGCUUUCCAAAACUCAAACGCUAUCUCUCUCUUCCCCAUCUAGCAGCAGCAAUGCUCUCUUUACGGCUGAUGCGGUCGAUGAGCUUGGUGUUCUCUUUCAGCAAGAACAACAACGACAAGAAAGGUCGUCGCCGUAUGAAACGACGGAUUAUCUUACCACCCAAAAGUGCCAAUUGACAGUCGCUCAGGAAGAGUAUGAACAGCACUAUCCUACUACUCAGGAAGAAUCCAACAACUUGUACUCUUCUUAUAGUAGUCCAAAAGCGGGCGAACGAGAAUGCGGAAACAACCAAAUGCUGAUUCAAUGGAGACAAGCAAGUUGCAUUUGGGCAUUUCAAGUCGCCAAGUUCUUUGGAUUGAAUCGUGAAAUAGUGACCAUUGGUAUGAAUCACUUGGAUCGGUAUUUGGCCUUUGUCUUAUCGUCCGAGAAUACAACAGCUACUAUUGCCACUACUACUACUACUACUACUAUGUCCAAGGCUAUUCCUGCUACUAUCAAGACUACUAUCAUUACCAAGCAAGAUUUUCAACUCUGGGUCCUGACAUCCUUGUAUUUGGCCAUCAAACUAAAUCAUGGCUGCUGUGGAUGCAACGACCGGCUAGUACUCCCUGGUGGUGGUGGUGGUGGUUGUGACGGUGACGGUGACGGUGACGGAGGUACCAACAAUAACAAUAGUACUACGUUGGAAACCAUUUGUCAGCUCAGCGAUCCAGAUCCAUUUGGCCCAGAGCAAUUGCAACAAAUGGAACUUGCCAUGCUGCAGGCGCUAAAUUGGCACGUGCAUCCACCAACACCGCAAGCCGUCUUGCGGCUAUUGUGGCAUCCAAUGGUGUCCCAGAAACUAUUGAGUUUGGUCCAUUUGCAUUUGGCUCAGAAUAAAACCUUUCUCCAGAAGCUUGCUCAAUGGUGGCAUGACAAAGUCUACAGUCGUGCCUGUGUCAUUCUUGAUGAAGCCCUGAAGGAAUACGAAAGCCUUUCCUACUCUUGUUCCGAAAUGGCGAUUGCCGCCCUUUUGAAUGUGAUGGAUUUUUGCAACUUUGGCAAUGCAACUAGUCUCCACGAAGAGAAGACCAACACAAAUUCGUUCUCCUCCAUCGAUCCUCCUUCCACUUUGCUCUUGUCGCUAUGGAAGCAAGAUCUUCCAACCGAAUUUGGGGAAAAGUUUUCGAGCGUCUCUUUGAAUGCUUGUCGUCGGCAUUUGGAACAAUACUUUGAUGAAGAGGAACUCGUUGUAAGUGGAACGAAGCGAAGAAAGCAUAGUGAUGAUGGUGCUUUGGGUGAUACCAUCGUCAACGACGCCGAGAAUCCAGACUUGAAGGGCGGGUCCUCGUCGGCUCCAAAAGCAACACAAGGUUCUUGUCCAUCACCACCCGUUCCCAAAAAAGCUCGCCUCCGAGUCAUACCAUCUCCAGCUUGCAUUCGGGAUCCAAUCCUCAUGUAA